AUUCCAUUGUUGAAUCAAACUGCACAAUCUCAACCCUCUCUCUCUCUCUCUCUACCUUUUCUUCAUACAUCCUUCAUCUUGAUAAAAAAAUUUCCAAUAUGAUGAUCUUGGUGGUUUGAUUUUCCUUAUUUAAUUCUCUUGUCAGAGAGCAACGAACUGACGGCCAGGUCGAUCCGAUUAGGAACGACGAUUAUCUGCAAACUCAAGAAGAUCGAAUAUCUCAAGGUGAUGAGAAGAUGAGUUUGAGUGGAGAAGAAGACAAGAAGAUGGCAGCAUCAUCAGAUUCAUCAGAGAACCUCUCCUCGAUCGACUUGAACGAGGAUGCUGGCAGCAACAAUGUAGUGGAGGAUCCCAUGGUUGAAAUGUCAGGCAUAAGCAUUCAAGAAGGGGAGCAAGGGAGAUCCGAGGAUGACAACGACAAUGACAACGGAGAUGGCAAGGAUAAGAAGAAUGCAGUACGACAAUACAUCCGAUCGAAGAUGCCAAGGCUUAGAUGGACUCCUGAGCUUCAUCUCUCCUUUGUCCAUGCCAUUGGAAGACUAGGUGGCCAAGAAAGAGCUACUCCUAAAGCAGUGCUUCAAUUGAUGAAUGUGAGAGGACUAGGCAUCUCUCAUGUCAAGAGUCAUCUCCAGAUGUAUAGAAGUAAGAAGCUCGAUGAAUCCGGACGAGUAAUAGGCCAAGCAAAUAGGAUAUAUAUCCAAGGGAGAGGCUACUUCUCAAGCUCAUCAUUACCUUAUACUGAGAAAUGCAAGCCAUUUCAUGAGUUGAGAAUGGAGAAUGGUGGCAUUGUCUUUUCGAGGAAUUCGAAUAAUCAACUUGAUCACAAUUAUCAUCCGAUCAAACCCUUAUCCUCUUCUUACAGGUAUCAUCCAUGGUCUUCUCAUCGAUACGAACCAAAAGUUAGGGUUGGACCAGGACUAAUUUCAGAGGUUGGAACCCUAGAGAAACGGUCUAUCUCUAGCCGGAUCCUAGAAGGAAGAAGAUGGCUCCAAGAUCAAUCCAAAGAGAAAGAAAUCUCCAAAUCAAACAACAUUUGGAAUUUAAGACCACAAUCUCGUUGGAAUAGUAAUUCCAUCGACAGCAUUACGAUCAAUUAUCAUCAGAAAUCGAGCUUCUUAGCGUCUCAUAACUCCAAGCUCAAUCUCGAGAAUAUUAUUCAGAUGAAUGAGGAGAAGAAGUGGUUUCCAGCCGAUUUAAAACUGGGAUUGAGCCUCAGUUUAAGCAGCAGCAAAGAUGGCAACGACUACUCGGAUAUUAACACGAAACUUUCGCUUGCUUUAACCCCUCAUUCAUCGACUGCAACCUAGCUAAACAAUUAUUUUUAUUUAGUAAAUUGUAUCAUCAUAUAUAGGUGAUGAAAUAAUAUGUGUACACCAAAGUUAAUGUAGAAAGUGGCUGAGUACUUGAGAUCUGACCGUGUAUGCUCGAGAGCAUGGUAGUCAGAUCUUAUAAGUACUUAGUCUUUUUUGUGCAAUUUAGUUUGUUUCUGUUAA